AUGGUUCUCUUGGGGCAGUUCAACCUUAAGCAGAAGAAGAAUGUGAUUGCUGCUGUUCAAAAGGAAAAAGCUGAGAAGAAGGUGCCUAAGUGCCAAAGUCGCUUUCAGUUUCCUCAAGCUGAAUUAAGAUAUACGCUUCAGCUUUUGAUGGGAGCCACUCUUACUUGUUCCACCAGAAGGAAAAGCACAUUGAUUAGAUGCGUAUCGGUGCCUUUACUCUCGACUCUGGAAUGUCACUACUGA